AUGAACACAGCCAAUCCAUGCUUACUCCAGUUGUUGGGCCAUGCGUUUGAACUUAAUUUAGAAAGUGCUGUGGGGCAAACAGAACGACCAAACAGAAAAUGUUUCUCCACUGAUGAGAACACGAAUAUGGCAGUGAACAUCGAUUCUUUCAAACAACUUACGACCCGAAUCUGUCUGCAGAAGCCCUCCUCUCCACGCUGGACGGAGUCACCAGGUGGACUGUACGAUACUGAAAUUGACCACAUCAUCGUCAGUAAAAGGUUUAGCCUGACGGAUGUCGCUGUUGUACCAAAGUUCUUUGCGGGAUCGGAUCAUCGCCGCCUACGAGGAAGACUCUCUUUCAUACGGACAAUCAUCGACUGGGAUCUCUUCGCUUCGCUAGUCGAAUUUUGGGAAGAUACCGCUAUGGACAACAUCGACGACGAAUAUGAUCGGCUCGUAGAGCAUCUUCACAACUGA